AUGUCAAAGCUUUUCACGCCCCUCCGCAUAGGCGACGUGACGCUUGCCCAUCGCGUGGUCAUGGCUCCUAUGACUCGCUUUCGCACUGAUGAUGGGCACAUCCCAUCCUCCAUGGCCGUUGACUACUACGAGCAGCGGGCUUCUGUUCGUGGGACUCUUCUUAUCACGGAGGCUACACUGAUCUCACCCAGUCACGGAGGUUUCCCGAACUCCCCGGGACUGUGGAACGAGGCCCAAGUGGAAGGGUGGAGAAAUGUUGUAGAUGCAGUGCAUGCUCGCGGAUCCUACAUUUUCGCCCAGUUAAUUGCAACGGGUCGCGCCGCGGACCAAGCCUCGUUGCUGGAAGAGGCUGGACAUUGUACUUUUAGUUCAAGCCCGGUCCCGCUGAAUGAUAAUGCUUGCAUACCUAUCCCGAUGUCAGAGCAUCAGAUUGACGCGGCGGUUGAGGACUUCGUCAAGGCGGCGCGUAAUGCAAUGCGCGCAGGCUUCGACGGUGUCGAGCUUCACGGUGCGAAUGGCUACCUCUUGGACCAGUUCUUGCAGGACACAUGCAACCAGAGAGAGGAUCGGUGGGGUGGAACUAUCGAGAAUCGAGCUCGAUUUCCAGUUCAAGUCGCUACUGCGGUCGCCGACGCUGUCGGUGCCCACAGGGUCGGCUACCGAAUUAGUCCUUGGAGUUCCUUUCAGGGAAUGCGAAUGGCUCAUCCCAUUCCUCAAUUUUCAUAUCUUAUUGAGAAACUACGAGAACUGAAGCUUGGAUACCUGCACGUGAUCGAGUCACGAGUCAACAAUAACGUUGACAUUGAGAAGACAGAGGGGAUUGAUUUCGCUCUGGAAAUAUGGGGUCUGACUUCCCCGGUCCUCGUGGCAGGUGGAUUCUCUCCCGCAUCUGCGAAACACGCGGUCGAUGUAGAAUAUUGGAACAACGAAGUCGCGGUUGUUCUUGGCCGGCAUUUCCUCGCCAACCCGGAUCUCCCAUUCCGAAUCCAGCACGGCAUAGAUUUGAACAAAUACGACCGGCCGUCUUUCUACACCCCGAAAACCAGUCUAGGAUACGUGGACUAUCCAUUCAGCGUGGAGUUUCUUGCGGAAGAUAGCCGCUAA